AUGCCACUUCUACAAACUUUUUGCUACAAGGAUAAAGUUAAAAAUAAAGAAGUUUUAUGCCAGGAAGAUAAAAACCAUUGUUUUAAUACCUUAAUUGCUGCUUGUCCUGACUCAAGUUUGGCAUUUCAUUUAAAAGGUCGCCAUGAAAUAGCAUUUUUUCAAACCAUGACUGAGGAAAUGUCGAUGGAAAUUACAUCAGUAAUAGAAAAUGCUCUAAAUUCGGAUUUUUUAGCAAGUCUACAGAUGGAUGUAGAAACUUUUAAUUUAAAGGUUUGCUGCAAAAAAGUUUUAAAGGAGAUUUUGGAUGUUAGUACAUUCGAGAAAGCCAUUCGGUCUAAACAGCACUCGGAUAUUUGGAAACAAGAAAGACAGUUCAGAAUAACAGAUAUUAGUAAUAUUAAAGUAGAAGAAGGUUCGGAUAUUCAAAUGCCGGAAAAUAAAAAAUCGAGGUUGGAACAGUCAGGUGGUUCUUUGGCUUCAAAUAAUUUUUCAUUUAAUAAUCACCUUGAUAUUACCGUGAACACUAAAAAUAAAAAAUUAAAUGUUAGCGAUAUAGAAAUUUGGUCUUCGGUUAAACCGGAGCAUAUUCCGUUUAUCGAAGGUAAAAAUGAUUCAUUGGCAGCUUUACUAAAUCUGACGUCGACGUCUCCUGUCGCGUCGCUUUCGGCGUCUCCCAUCGCAUCGUCGUCUCGAGAAUUCUCGAUGUUUGCCUCGACGCCGUGUCGAUCUUCGCAGGUCGCCUCGUCGUCCCGGAAAUCGCCAUCGACGGUUACUCCGACGUCUGUGAUAGCAUCGUCGUCGAGGCAACCGCCGAUGGUUGUUCCGACGCAUGUGGCAGCAUCGUCGUCGAGGCAACUACCGAUGAUUAUUCCGACGCCUGUAGCAGCAUCGUCCUUGAGGCAACCACCGAUGGUUGUCCCCAAGUCUGCAUUUGCUUCGAAGAUGAGGCAAUCAUCGAUCGUUGCCGCGACGCCUAUGCAACCUCGGAUAAUGUACCGGCCUGUGGUGUAUCCCACGCCGUCUCGUCUCCCGGCCGUUACUAGGCAACGACUGAGUUUUGUCGCGACGUCUGCGGUUGCUUCGACGACCAGGCAAUUAUCGAACGUUGCCUCGAUGCCGAUGCAACCUCGGACAUUGCACCGACGUGUGACGUUUGCCACGACGUCUCGUCUGCCAGCCGUUCUUUUCCCGACUGUCAGACUACCACUUAUAGUGACGAACCCAGAGAGAUUUACAAUUUCGAGUCGGUUUUUGUAUGACGUUGGAACUUUGCCGAAUGCUAUAAGAACAAAAUUUUUUUCAACUCAGUUAAAAUAUAAAGAUAGGCUAUAUUUCGCAGCAUUUGCUUUCUUAAAUUCGAUAGAUCCUAGGUUAAUUAUUAACGUGCUUAUGUUCAAGGUACCUAAAUAUGCUGAUAGAGUAUUUUUGUUAGUCGUCACCGUUACCACCGCCGCAGCCACCGCUGCUUUCACCGCCACUGCCACCGCCGCUACCAUUGCCGCUAUCACCGCUGCUACCACCGUCGCCGCUGCCACCGCCAUUUCCUACUAUCUAUCUACAAAGAUGGAUAAAUGUAAACGUUGCAAAAAUAUUAAAUAUGUUUACACAAACCACUUUUUGGAAAAAAAAGAGAAAUUGCAUAGGAUUUACAAAAUUCCUUAG